GCGGCGGCCGGGGGGGCGCGGGGGCAGCGGCACAGGGGCCUCACCAUGGUGGAUGCCUCACCCAGAGCGGUGCCCCCCCAGCCGGGAACCCCGGCCACCCCCGCAGGGGGGUGGCGGCAGCAACCUCCGCCGUGGCGACCCCAGCCUCUUCCCCUGCCUCAGCGCCCAACAAGGGAUCCGAGGAGGCCCGGUGGAAAGGGAAAAAGACAGGGGGCUGCAAAGGCUGACUGGAGAGCGGCUCCUCGGGCCACUGGGGUGGAGCGCAGCGGGGUCCGGCCAGGAAGGAGCCGGCAGGCAGAGAACCCGGGAGCAGAGGCGGCGCUUCCCUCAGGGAUGCGGCGAGGAGGAAGCAGAGCUCCACUUGGUGGGGGCCGGCGGGGGGUUGCCGAGCCCAGGCUCCGGGCAGCGGCGGCGCGGUCCUGCCGGAGCCCACCCCACCAUCUCCCGCCUCGCCGCCGGCGGCCCCUCAACCCCCGGCGACGCCUGGGUCGGUCCUCAGGCGCGGGCACAGCCGGGCGAGGGGCCCCGCGGCGGCGGAUUCCUCCAGACACGCUCCAGCCGGGACUCCUCCUGAGGGGGGAGGAGGGGGCGGCGGGGAGCGUGUGAGGCGAGAGGCAGGCGAGCCGAUCGCUCCCACCCGGCCGGAGACGAGCAGACGGGCCCGGGGUCGGGGGGCAGGAUCCCGAGAGGCGGCGGGAAAGAAGAGCGGCCGCAGGUCCCUCGCCAGCCGGUGCCCACCAGCAGCUCGGCGGGCCAGCUCCUCACGCCCGAGAGAGGAGAGCCGCUAGGGGGGCGGCGGAAGCGCUCACGCCGCCCGCUCCUUCCGCCGCCGCUGCCCGAACCGGGGGCGCCCGCGAGAGAAGGAGGCGAAGUAGUCCCUCGCGACUUCUCCCGGCCGCCCGCUUCCCUCGGUGGCCAGACCGGGCACGGGGUGGGGCUGCCGAGUGGGGUGCCCGGGCCGUGAGGGUGUGUGGGUAAGACUAAAAGCCGCGGCCUCCGCGCGAAUCACUGCAACUCGAAGUCGUGUGCAGCAUAGCAAGUUUCAGGAAAGUAGUUCCCUCCUCCCUUCAUUUCCCAAAUCGUAGUCGAGCCACUUAGCGGGGAAAGGGGGGGGGGGGGGGGCGGGGGGAUAUCCUUCCUGGACUGUGCUUGGUGUGCGUGCGCGCCCUCCAACCUCUGGGCCCGCCGCGAAGGGGGGGGGGGGUGGGAGCUGCGAGAGGAGCUGCAUGGGAGGUUGCAUUGUUGUGGCGCGUUACUCCCCGUUACUCGGCUUGGAAUAUCCGGGUUGCUUGAAGGAAGAGGCUAGAAAGACAGUGUGCUCAGAGGGGAAAUCUGGAGACUACUCUCUUCUGCCGUGUGUGUGUGUGUGUGUGUGUGUGUGUGUGUCCUUGCAGAGCAAAGAAUGGAACUGGCAUGAGUUCAUCUUUAGUUAGUGGGGGUUAGAAGCAGGGACUGUGCAAAAAGAGCUCCUCCUGCCGUCCCCCGGGUUGCAUUGCUGCAGUUCCCUAGCUGCAUGCACGCGUGUGUGUGUGUGUUUUAACACCUCGCCUCCCUGCCUGGAUUCUUACUGCGUAAGGGGUAUGCUGUCAGGGCAUUCAUCUCCGAAAGCUGGAGUGAUUGUUAAUGGAGAACGACUUCCAUUGAAGCCCAGGGUAGGCGUGUUACAUGAAUCUGGCGCAGCCAGAACGGAGGAAAUAACUCCCGCUGCGAGUGAGGUUGCAUAACUAUACCGCAGGAGAUGCUUCUAUGGCACGAACUGCUCCGAACGGAGGCGGACCGAUUGGAUAGACAGCUGUCAUGAAUGCAUUUUUAGAGGACAAUGUAUGCAUUCAUCUCAAAAGGUUUUUGCACAGAAAUCUACUGGGGUUGUGGGCUGGAGCCUAAGGUCAGCCCAGCCACAGGAGUCAGAGCUCCUGGCUCUGCAAAUUCUAUUAUCUCUUCUCUAUUUAGAAAACCAGCCUUUACAUGAACCGGCCUAGGUGACUGAAUCCCCAGCGCUCCCAAGUUCCUGAUGCAUCUUCCCGGAUUUAAGUCUAGCCCUGCGUGCAAUGUUUUUCUCUUCCUUCUCAGGUUUGUGCGAGCUAAGAAUCAAGGUUGCCGCCGGUGCCACAUUGAAGAGAACAAUUGUCGAGGAAGAAAUGAAGUUGAGAGAACCUCGCAACAAGGCAGCACUCUUCUGCCAUCCCUCUAGGAAACGCAGGAUUGUUGUUCUGAGAAUGAGCGUGCACAGUAGUGCACUGAUAACAGUGUUUUGCAUGUAGCAGGUGCUUAAUAAAUGUUCAACGAAUGAACAAAGGCGCUAAACCAGUCAGUGUGCCCCAAAACCACCCGAUUGAUUUCUGAGGACUACUGUUAACCAGUUAGACUGCUCAAGUUUCAAUCAAGUCCCAUCAGGUAUAAUCUGUGUCCUUAUGCAAGUUACUAAAACUCUGGGCCUGCAUAAAAUGGGGAUAAUAGUACCUAACUCAUAGAGCUGUUGCGCUGAUGAACGAGAUAAUAAUAUACAUAGUUACUUAGAACAGAUUAAGAAUUCACAGUAAGAACUCUAUUAAGUCUUAGCUCUUACUAUUAUUUUGUCAGAGAUAGUAAGAAACCCCAUGGUAAAAUAGUGGCAAGUGUUUUGAGGAUUAAAUGUAAAGCAUCCAGUAUUCGUGUUCAUUCAUUCAACAAAUAACUGUCAGUUGCUAGACACAUGACCUGGUCCUCAGUAAGCCACCAAUAAAUGAAAUCAUCACAAUUAUUAUGAUUAAGUAAAUACAAGGAAAGUUGGUCAUUUGCAAAGGCCUUUCUCUUUUGAAGAUUUGCAUCUGUUCGAGGUUCUAGUGUAUCAAGGAAAUUGCCAGUACAGUCUUUGGGAGAAGAUAUGAAAACCAUCUUGGUCAUCAUGAGCCAGGCACUGUGCUGGCUACUUCCACACACAUUACUUACAUAAAAGGAGCAAGAUAUGACCAAUAGCCCAAAUUAAUGCUUUAAAGAUUGCUCUCAACUCCAUAAGCAAGACAUAGUCUCCAAACCAUUCAGACUUUGGUGGUUCCAUGCCAUAUCUAGGACACUUUUGUACCCAUUCUCUGACCCAGUUGCUAAAGAUCUUACCAACAUUUUUUCUUUAAUUGCUUUAGUUUGGCAGAGCUCAGAGUCUUCUAUGCUGAAGCAGUCAGAAAUGGUGCUACUGCUUAGAGCCAAGAGAUCUUCUAGUCUGUCAAUCACUGGCGGCUCUAUAGAGGCCUCAACUGAUCUAUCUGGGUGUCUGGACCUUAGGAGGUGAAGAGGCAUGGUAACCAAAGACAAUGUGUGAGGCCUUAUUUGGAUCAUGACUUGAACAAAUAUUUUUAAAUUUGGGACAACGGGAGAAAUUUGAACAUUAACUGGAGAUUUGAUGAUAACAAGGAAUUCUUUUUUAAGUAUUGGUUUAUGGCUGUGUUUUCUUUAAGUCCUUACCAUUCAGAAAUAUGUACCCUAAAAUAUUUAGAGAUGAAAUGUUAUGCUUCAGAAUAAUCCACUGGGGUGAGGCAUAGGAAGAAUGAGUAAGGAUAUAGAUGAAACAAGAUUGAUUAUAGAUUAAUGAUGAACACAUUCUGUUUACUAUUUUAUAAUUUAAAAUGUUCUAUAACAAUUUUUUAAAAAUACACUGCAAGUACUUACUUAAAGUGCAGAUUCCUAGACCUCAGCUCAGAAAUUGUGAUUACUAGGUCUAUAAUGGGGCCAUCCGUGCUUUUGUAAGUAUGCUAGGUACUUGGCCCUUUUUAGUCCUUCAUUGUCUACUCCCCAUUUCCUUGCAACCAUUUUUGUCAUCCCGUCCCCCAGCACAUCCCUGAUUGAAAGCUGUGUUCCAGCAACACAGAAAAGGGUAGCCCAUGGUAUAUCAUAAGCUUAGAUAGAUACUGAUCAAGGCCAGAGGGCUAGUUCAGUUCAGAAAGGUAGAUCCAGCCAAACUUGAAAUGCUAUGUGAGAAUCUAAAUACAGAUUACAGUUCUGUCUUAAGUGCCAACUCCAUUCAGUUAGUACUAGUCAAGAAGAAUUCCAUGGCCACAUUAGGGCUCAGCAAGAAAAGAAAUACUUAUAUAUGCUCAGUUGUGUUUUGUAGGUGGACCUGUGGGAAGGAAGCUAGUCACAAAACCGGUUAUCACAACUAUCUGUAUUAUUGUGCUCAGCUUUAGGAAUUAGUCACAACCAUUUGAUGACCUGUUAGAAGUAAUUAAUUAUCAAUAGCAUAAUUGGGCCAAAGAGGGAGGAACAGGAGCACAAUUGCCAAGUAAUUGCCAGUAUAGGAUCUGAUCCAAGUUAAGAAAGGCACAAGUGGAUUCUGAGUUCCUUGUAGGUAUCAGACCAGGGUUUCUUCACAAGGACA